AACUCAUCUCUCCUUCCCCCAAUGGGCUGUCGUUGUACUUUGUAAGUUUAAGUCCCACCCUCCCCUUUCCCCAUUUGGCACUUUCCUUCUCUUCCAUUACCGUUUCCCUAUUCGACUUCAAGUGUUCAACCAUUUCCUCCUCACCUCUUCCCCCCUUCUCCUGUUUUUCUUUCUUCUUCUGAGGUCAAGCCUUUUUCAUUAUUUCUCCUGCUUCGCCUCUCUCAGUCUCCCAAAGGAAGGAACUCAGUGCCAGUAAGCGAGGGAGUUCUGUAUAUAUCGCCCCUGUAACUUCCCAAAGGCAGAGUUCCUAUUCACCACAGGAGGCCAAGAUUUCUAUUCACCAAUGUCGGCUGUUAUAGACGAAGACCCUCGUGUCAAUGGCAUCAAAACUAAGAUUCGCGUCGUCCCCGAUUUUCCCAAACCAGGUAUUAUGUUUCAGGACAUAACAACUCUGCUUCUGGAUCCAAAAGCGUUCAAGGAUACUGUUGAUUUGUUCGUCGAGCGUUACAAGGGCAGAAACAUUUCCGUCGUUGCAGGAAUAGAAGCUCGAGGGUUUAUUUUCGGACCUCCCAUUGCAUUGGCCAUCGGUGCAAAGUUUGUUCCUUUAAGGAAGCCGAAAAAGCUCCCUGGUGAAGUUAUAUCAGAGGAGUACACGCUAGAAUAUGGAAGCGACUGCCUUGAGAUGCACGUUGGAGCUGUCGAUAAGGGCGAAUGUGCACUGGUAGUUGAUGAUUUGAUUGCUACUGGUGGCACUCUUUGCGCUGCCAUGAAUUUACUCGAACGAGCAGGAGCAGAAGUUGUGGAGUGUGCAUGUCUUAUCGAGCUGCCUGAGUUGAAGGGGCGGGAUCGAUUACAUGGUAAACCGCUGUACGUGCUUGUGGAGUAUCUCUAGAGGGUUUGGUUGCGAAUUUUGGCUGAAGUGAUGCAGCAGAGAGUGGUGUGGAAGAAAGAAAGGAAGUGUACAUUCUUGAGGGGGAUAUUGUUGGUGAGAUGAGUAAUCUGGGAAUUGUUCACUACUUGAUUAGUUGAAUUUUGGGCUUAAAUUAUUGUGGCUAUUUCUGUUAAAAGUUAAUGCUUCCAAGCUAGUGAGCUAGUAGAACAGCAGACAUUAUUGAUAUGAAGUGAGUGAGCUUAUGAUUGAAAUUGUGGUCACUUGAGUAUGCACGCAAGAGGAAUUUUCUCACUCUGUUGUCGAAGUUUCAUUGGUAUUCUUAAUUCCAUCAACCAUCAUUGUUAGCCUUGAUUAGCGGUGCAAUUUUGUAAGACUAGAUUGUGACACGUAAUUUAACUUCAUAAUGUGUUUGAUAAAAAGCAUGGAAUUUGUAGGAAUCAUAUAAAAUCAUUCUUGAUUCCGUAAGCCCAAAUUUCAUUUAUGUUAAACAACUGUAAUGCCAAAUCGUGAGCAAUUAUAGAAACACCUUGUCAGUUACAGAAGACAAAUGUGUGAAAUAAAUCGUUGUUUAUCCAUAUCCAUCAAGUCAUAUAUAUAUAGGAAAUUUAAUCAUCAAAGGGAGGAGUCAUUUCAGCCACUUACAGCACCAUUACACUGAUUGUGUGGGUGUUCAAUUGCAGGGUGAUGUGUGAUUACUAUUAUGACUUGCAACCGAAACCAUUAGUGCAGUCAAGGUUUGUAAUCGAGUUAGCGUCAGUUACGGUUCCUAAUUGGUUGGAAUCUGCAAGUCAGUCAUUGGAGAGGAAGAAGAUGAUUUCAUUCAAGGGUAGUUGCUGAUCUGAAAGCUAAAGAUCUGUCCUGAAAUCAAUACAUUAAAACCGGUUGCUAAGAAUAAUAAUGCCCCCUAUCAACUUCACAAUUGAAUUGCAGUCUCUCAGUCUUUGGUGAAUUUCCUAUUUGCUAGGUGCUUAUGGAGGGCUUUUUUUUAAGAGUUCACAUUUGUUGAGAUUGACUUUUGUAGGCCGCUUACAUGGUCAGAUCAAAGCCUAUUUUUGGCCCAAGUCUAAGAAGGCCUAGUAGCCGAAAUAUGGGGCUAAUGGAGGUCUGCCGUUGGACCCAACAACUUCAAUAUUGAAGAAAAAUAGCAUUACAGCUCUUUACUCUACAAGGACAGCAUAUCAUAUUUCUACAAAUCGAAGAUGAACCUAGGCAUCAACACAUCAGCCUUGUCCAGGAUUGUUUGGUGGAUAGAGUAUUGUCUGUUCUCACGGGUUAAUUUGCAAUAGAUUUCAGAUUGCAAUCAGACAUUCUUUCUUGGCUUUUGUAUGAAAUGAUUCAUAGUUUCACUUUCUGCGAUAUUAAAAUUAUGAGAUAAUAGGUUUUUUGUUCUCUUUUCCCUUAUCAUGGACCACAAAAUCAGAAAAUUUAACUUUUCACUUCGGGUAUGAUUUAGUAUUAAACGGUCUUUCAUCACAUUUAGGCCUUUUUUGGUAUUUUUUCUUAUAUAUCUAUUUUGUGCAACCUUGUUGAUGGAGCCAAAUGAGCACCCAAAUCCAUCUUUGAUGUUCCAACUAGCAUGCAAUUAUAUUUUAGAUAUGGUUUUCUUUAGUUAAUUUUGAGUUUCGAUAUAAUUUCUAGUAGGAAGUGUUAUAGCUUGUUUCCAAUAUUCCGUAGUUUGAUGGAACCAAAUCUCCGUAAUUUUUCAUAAUAAAGAACGAUUCAAGUAUUUCGAAAUAAUACAUUUUGUGAUGCAAUUGUAAAAUAAGACAAUUGUUAAACAAUUAAAUCAAAUUACACCAUUUAAGAAAUUCUUUGAUCCAACCAACGCCUAUAUACACCAUGUCUUUAUUUUCCUGCCAUUAGUAUCAGAUACAAUAAUUGACCUUCUCAUUUCUCAACCCCACCUGUUUCUCAAUUAAUGUGUAAAGAAAUUCAAGAAUAUUAC